UCCCGAUGAAAGCACGUGGAUCCGAGUGGGUUGAACACGACAGUUGAGCAUCAACCCCGUGUGAUUAACAAGUUUACAAACUUCCGACUGCUGUGCUUCCGUUCAUACGCAUCGACGGCGAACCCAGCCGGGCACCGAGGCGAGUGUGACAGUGACAGGACGGUUAUUCAACCGUUGUUUACAUAUUCAUAAAAAAAUAUAUAUACACACAAGCAUUAAAAAUAAAAUUCCAACAAACGUCAAAGUAGAAACAAAGACGCGCGCGGCGGACAAUCGAGGCAGUUCGGACAGCCUACUGCGAUGGAUGUGUUUUGAGUUUUCAAAGAACAAGUGAAUGAAAAAUAAAUAAGAAACGAUGAGUUGCGGCUGUGUCGCGGUUGUUCUUGAGAGGUGAUUCUUCUACGGACGGUUCCCCUUCGUUCUUCCGGUAGGAUAGUUCGGAGUUGUUGCCCAAAACUGGCGGAGUUGGAACAUAUGCAGCCCACAGCGGCAGCCAACUUGCCGCCCCCGGGGGGAGAUAUGGACCUGCAGGCUAUGCAGUCGAUGGACUGGCUGUUCAAGAAAGAGAGGAUCUACCUUCUGGCACAGUUCUGGCAACAGAGAGCAACACUUGCGGAAAAAGAAGUGACAACGCUCAAGGAACAACUAUCAGCGAACAACACGUCGAACAACUGCGAAAACAAGGACACAUCGAACAUGGACAGGCAAAGUUUCGAAACAGAAAUCGCUACCAAAGACAAAGAGAUAAACCAGCUUCUGGAGGAAGUUCAGAGGCUACAAGGAUGCAUAGCCAAGUUACAGGAGUCUUCUAUGUCCCAGAUUACUAGGCUGGAAGAUCAGUUGGAACAGAAGAGACAACACAUUUUGAGGCUGGAAACCAGAUUGGAAUCACAGAAAGACUACGACGAGCUGAAGCGAGAGAUCAGCAUAUUGAGGUCGGAUCUAGCCAACAACCCCGACGGGAAGAACAUUGAACUGCUGUUGGAAAAAUCGAAGAGCCUGGCGCAGGAAAACAGAGAAAAAUCUCCGUCGAGAGAAUGUGAAGGGGUUGAGCAACUUCAGACGCAACCCCCCACCCUCUCCAUCACCCCUCCCAACAACCUCCCGCCCCCCUUCCAAAACGUUGACGCGUUUGGUAGCUUACUGGGCGAAGAAAUAGUUUCUUCGUGGCGGAGGAACAUUGAGCAAAACAGAGUAAUCCCAAAAUCACCCUCUACUUCUCUAGAUGGUCCCAUGAAGAGCACCACCCCCGUGAACGCGGACACCACUGCGGAGAAGAGCUCAGCUUCCACGCCCCAGCCCCCCGAGCCAGUCUGCCAUCCCUCGCCCGUGGAGAACCUCGUCAACGGCAAUCCGAAGAGUCCACAGGAGGACAACAACAACCACCAUGUCAGCAACAAUAACAUUCCUCUUACAGCUACUAUGUGUGCUGUGAACAACUUCCUUAGGAACGAGGAUUCCCUAAAGAGUCCCUAUCGUUUCGAUGAACAUAGAUCUCCCUUCAAGUUCGCUGAAGACCUGGGGAUGGCACCAGGUUCUAUGGUGGGAAGACUAGGAGAGAGUCUCAUACCCAAAGGCGACCCCAUGGAGGCCAAACUGCAGGAGAUGCUUAGGUACAACAUGGACAAGUACGCAUCACAAAACCUAGACACCCUUCACAUAGCAAGGAAGGUGCGGGAACUGCUCUCCAUCCACAACAUCGGCCAAAGACUCUUCGCCAAGUACGUUCUGGGUCUUUCCCAGGGCACAGUCUCAGAGCUACUAUCGAAACCCAAACCUUGGGACAAGUUAACAGAAAAGGGAAGAGAUAGCUACCGGAAGAUGCAUGCAUGGGCCUGUGACGACAACGCCAUCUUGUUGUUGAAAUCUUUGAUACCAAAGAAAGACCAUUUUUCGUCAACAGGCAAAUCAGAAUCGGGAAUGUCGACCUUUGGGAGGUCCGAAAGCGACCUCACCGAAGAAAGACUGGCCCACAUUUUGAACGAGGCGAAUCAGUUCCAACACAUGAAGCAGCAACAGCAGCAACCUGAGGAUAGCCACAGCAACGAGGACUCAAAAUCGCCGCACGGAUGCAGCAGCCCGUUCUCCAGAGAUUCCUCCUUGAAUAAGAGACUGAAAAAAUACGAAAACGACGAUAUAUCCCAAGAGAAAGUGGUCAGGAUCUACCAGGAAGAGCUGGCCAAGCUCAUGGGCAGGAGGAUGGAAGAUAUGCGCAACCCUAGGGAGGGACCUUUUCCCGGUAUUUUCCUCCCCCAACUGUUUAGCGGCAACCCCAUGGACCGAACCCAAGAGGAUAUCCGCAUAGCUUUAGACGCGUAUCACCGAGAACUUGCCAAACUAAACCAAGGACAAGCUCCUCAGAUGCCCUUAAGUCUGCUAGCCAUCCAACAACAAGCACUGGCACAUCACCAUCAGCAACAACAGCAGCAGCAACAGCAACAUCAACAGCAGAACCAAAGCUCCAACGGGGGUGUUCAAGACUUGUCUAUACCAAAGGACAAAAUGAAACUCAUGAACGGAAUGAUGGAGGACAAGGAAAAGGACGACGACGCGAUGUCGCGUCACUCUGGCUCCGCUUUCAGCCUUGUAAGACCUAAGAUUGAACCGGGCUCCCAACAAAGCACUGGUUCAACUGCUUCAAGUCCUCUAGGUAACUCCAUCUUACCGCCAAUAACUCCCACAGAUGACUUUUCUGGUUCUGCAGCAGCAUCACCACUACAAAGAAUGGCGAGCAUCACAAACUCACUAAUAUCACAACCCCCAUCUCAGCCCCAUCACACCACGAACAACAGACCCCUGAAAGCAGUAUUACCUCCCAUCACUCAACAACAGUUCGACCUGUACAACAACCUGAACACGGAAGAUAUCGUGAAGAAGGUUAAGGAACAAUUAAGUCAGUACUCGAUAAGCCAAAGGCUCUUUGGAGAGAAUGUGCUGGGUUUAUCCCAAGGCUCUGUCAGUGAUCUCUUAGCAAGGCCUAAACCCUGGCAUAUGCUUACGCAGAAAGGAAGAGAGCCCUUCAUCAGAAUGAAAAUGUUUUUGGAGGACGACAACGCUGUACAUAAAUUAGUGGCAAGCCAGUACAAAAUAGCACCAGAGAAACUCAUGAGAACUGGUGGAUAUGGAGGAGGUAAGAUAUGCUUUCCUACCUUAGAGAAAAAUCCUAACGUCUUUUCUCAUCUUACAGCAUGCACCUCCAUCGGUAAACCAAUGCCUCCAACCACAAAAAUGCUGUCUGAAGCAGCUGGAUUGCUGAAUAAGAUGCAAGAAUCGCAGAAUAUCUUGCCGCCCUCAUUGCAAUUGGGGCCGCCGCAGAGCUCUAACCCCCAACCUCCACCACCCCCAAUGCUUCUUACUCCUCCAGGAUUACCUCCACAUCACGCCAUCAAUCUACAAAAUCCAGAACUGUUAAAAAAAUCUAAUCAAAGUCCUCAUGGGAUUCCACACUCUCCGAUAGGACCACAACACACAUCUUUGAGGAACAUGCAUCAACACAUGUCUCCAAGCGUCUACGAAAUGGCGGCGCUAACUCAAGAUUUGGACACUCAAGUCAUCACCACCAAGAUCAAAGAAGCAUUGCUUGCCAAUAACAUUGGGCAAAAGAUAUUUGGUGAAGCUGUUUUGGGACUUUCUCAAGGCUCAGUAAGUGAACUCCUAUCAAAACCAAAACCUUGGCACAUGCUGAGCAUCAAAGGACGUGAACCUUUCAUAAGGAUGCAGCUGUGGCUCAACGACGCACACAACGUGGACCGUUUACAAGCUUUGAAGAACGAGAGACGUGAAGCUAAUAAAAGACGUCGUUCCUCUGGCCCCGGUGCUCACGAUAAUAGCAGCGACACGUCUUCUAAUGACACGUCAGAGUUCUACCAUUCAAAUUCUCCGGGUCCUGGACCACCAUCAGCCAAAAAACAACGUGUACUCUUCAGUGAAGAACAAAAGGAAGCUCUGAGACUUGCAUUCGCUUUAGACCCAUAUCCCAACGUGGCAACCAUCGAAUUUCUAGCUGGGGAGCUAGGUUUAUCCUCCAGAACCAUAACCAACUGGUUUCACAACCACAGGAUGAGGCUGAAGCAGCAAGUACCUCACGGAAUGGCUUCAGACUUACCACCAAGGGACCAAACAGGCAACCAACAGCCUUUUGAUCCCGUUCAAUUCAGAUUGCUGUUAAACCAAAGAUUGCUGGAGCUUUCCAAGGAAAGAAUGGGUCUCAGUGGGGUACCAUUGCCUUAUCCUCCGUACCUAGCUGCUAACACCAAUCUAGCGGCUCUGAUCAGUCGCGGAUUGCUGCCUACUGGUGACAUGGACUUGUCCGCGUUAAACAACGCCGUUAAAGAACAAAUGAGCGGUUUGGACCUGUCGAUGACCUCUUUAAAGAGAGAACCGGGGGAUUAUGAUGAUGAGGAUGACGUGGAAAGCAACGUAGGAUCGGAAGACUCGAAUAUGUCUGGAGGUAGUAUGCACGGAGAGGUAAAAGUUGAACCCAAGGAGGUACCUACAAAUCAAGGCAGGUCUUCGCGAAGAAAACCUGCGGCACCCCAGUGGGUUAAUCCAAACUGGGAAGAGGAAAAAGAGAAGACUAGCACCGGAGAUGAAGUUAUAAUAAACGGCGUAUGUGUGAUGCAGACAGCAGACGAUUAUGCAAGGAGAAAUUCGGAAGAGACUGUUCGCGUUGAGCCUCAAGCUGUUAUGGAUCGAUUUGAUGACGACCAGAGCGACUCAUCGUCGAUUAGCAACGAGAACGACCACCACGAGAAGACCGAAGAGAAGGGAGAGGAAGAACAGGAGGAAAACAAUGAAGAAAGUGAGUUAAAGAACGAGGAUAGUGAGAGUAAAGUUGUUAAACAGGAAAACGAGGAAGAGAGGUGGGAGUACUGACUCUGAUGUAGAUCCAGUGACUUCCGGUGUUGUUUUAGUUGUUAAUAUAAUAGUGUUAAAUUAUUGGACGACCCGAACCGGGACUUCUUCCGAAGUGAGGUUGCUGAGUUGUUGUAAGAUAAAAUAAAGUGCAAUCACGAAAUCGAAAAAAUUACCCCCAAGGUUAUUACAAACAAAUAUUUAUUAAAUAAUUAUUGUGAUCAUAAAGAAACAAGGCGAUCAAAAAAGUUGGAAUUUGGACGUUGGAAUUGCAACUUCUUUGAGUCACCUCACCACACCACACAUUUUUGUUGAUGCAUACAAGGUGUUGACUCGACUGGUUCUCGGGUGAAUACGUUGUAACACGACGAUUCUUGCCGAUUUUUAACUUUUUGACUUAUUGGCAUUAUUUGUUCUCUUUUUUUAAUUUGUAUUUAUGUAGUUAUUAAAUAAGACUGUUACCGUUAUUAUAUUAUAUAAUAUUUAGCCCAUCUGGGGCUAAAAAGCAAAGAAAAUGUUUUAAACAUUUUGUGAUAUACACUAUAAUUGUUUAUUUUUUAUUAUAUUACGAGAACCUGUGCUUUCCAAUUUUUUAAAUAAGAUCAAUGGCCAAAAAUGCAAUAUUCUAAGUACUAAGAGGUUUGUUUAGCGACUUUUUAAAUGGAAUAAGUUAUUUAAACGUGACUAAGUUAUUUAGCAGUAAUUUUUCGUACUUUUUAAUUUGUAGCAAUCUUCCAAAGUUUUUGUAUAUAAAAGCACUAUUAUGUAUAUUUUUCAUGUUCUUUCAAAUAAAAAUGAAUAAUUUUAAUUUCGAAAUUUCUUCCGUCAACUUCUGUUGUGUCUAGUCUUUCCAUAGGGGCAUCCGUUAUAAAAACAGUUUUUAGCUAGGCCAGUACUGAUUUAGUUUGUAUUCAGAGAAAAAAUUGCAGUGACGAUAUUUUUUGCAAGCGGACAAUUUUUGUUGAUUCCUGUUAUACUGAGUGAUACGAAGUUAAUCAAAAUCAAGCAGAUUCGUAAGCGUAGACCUCCAAGUCACCUGUUUGUAAUAGCUAUAUUGACAAGGUAAAAUUAGGAACAUUCAGUUUUUAUUUUUAGAUCUCAAUAUAACCGGAAAAUCUUCAUAUAGCUUUAAUUUCCAAAUAAUUAGAAUAAUAUUUCAAUGCAUAUCGUUAAUAUUAAGUAAUUAAAAAAAGAAAUCCACCCAUAGAAAGAAUUUAUGAGAGUAUGCCAUAGUUUCCGUUUGUUUUUCUCCCAUUUCACGAUAAAAUAUAGCACAGAAAUAGGGUUACUGAAAAUUUUCAAUCAAGUGCAAUAUUUUAACGUCACAAAAAGAUGUAUAUUUUUGCGAUAUACAAAAAAUUGUAUUUCUUCCAGAGUGUACUCAAUGUAUUGACAUUGUAAAAAAAUUACAGAUACGUAAAGUUUUGUCUUAAAACAUUUGAGGCAUAAAUUUAGCAAAAAUGUAUUAUAAAUGCACAUUUUUAAAUAAAUAAAAUGCAUGUAGUUAUAUAGCAUAGUUUUUUUUGCUGUAGACGAAAAUUUUGAUGAAACUUUUUGUUAUUAAAAUGAAUUUUCUGUACCGAUACAGACACGAAGAUACGUAAAUAUGUUCUUUUUUUGUUGGAUACAUUAAUGAAUCUAUAAGGUACAAGAAGAUUUGUUUUAUUUUUAUUAUAUUUUAUAUUAUAGAACAUCCAAGAACAAUGCUUAGGAGGAUCAUAGAUCUGUUUUAUUCUUUUUUUUACUGUAAAUAUUUAUAUCAUAU